CUUUCAAACAUCUCAUAAAUAGCUGAGGAGAAUAAUGAAAUCAAUCCACCAAAAACACAGAACUAGGUAAGCAGGUAGGCUUGCCUAGGGAUUCAAUAUUCAUCAUCGCCCUCCUCCACCGGGAGGCUGUGUUUGACAAUGGCGGAUCCGGAGAUCGCUCAAGCCCAAAAGCAAACUCCGUUUUCUCCAUUGUCGAAGCCUCCAGGGCCAGAUGGUGAAUAUCAUCAUGAUUCAGAAAAGCCAAAAGAUCAUUGUGUUUCUUUCUCCGAAUCACUGGACGAUCUCGACGAAGGCAAGCAUAGCAGAGAAGUAAGCUGGCGGUGUUGUUGCACGUGUUGUGGAGGAGCAUGCAUCAUCAUCCUGCUUUGUCUCAUCAUCAUCGUUAUGUCCGCCGGACUCAUUUUGAGAUCCUAUUUUUCAAAUCUAUUGCCGGAAUUCCGCAUCGAUAAGGCUUCCGUCUCAGAACUGAACCUGAUCACAACAAUAGAGGGGAAAUCAUAUUUGAGCGCUUCGACUGAUUUGUCAAUCGUAGCCAAUAACAGAAAUUCCAGGUUCUGGUUUUGUUACGAACCCCUCAUCACCGUGGGUGUGUCAUCCGACGAUGUUGAUCUCGGACAGGACACGCUUCAAGGAUUUUCCCAACCCUCUGACAAUGUUACGACGCUCAACGUCCACACAAGGGUUUCGAGAUCCGUGAUUGACGAUAAAGAUGGAACAAUUUUGAAAGCAAAUUUCGAUGAGAAGAAGAUGGUUUUGGACGUAGUGCUGCAAACCACGGUGAAUGUAAUCUUAGGUAGGGUAAUCAUGGAUGAAAUUCCGAUUAAAAUAGUCUGUGCGGAGGUGUCAUUGUCCAUGACCACGCCUAAACGCUGCGACGUCUUUCCAAAUAUUUUCGAGGAUGUAGGAGAAAGAGAUUAUUAAUUUGGCAUCCAUGCAAUCAUCUGCCAAUUUUGUCUUGCAAGGUUUUCUAUUCCUCUUUCCUUUGUAAUGGAUGUAUAAUUCGAGAAAGAAAACACAAGGAUAUAUGGCUUUGGUCGUUUUACAGCAAUAAUCUCUCUCUCAAAUUCUCUUGUA